AUGGAGGACAUUAUUGACCAUUUGCCUAAACUACCUGAAAUUCAGCAACAAAAACUAACCAUUCCUGAAUUCGAUGAAAUAGAAGUCAAAGCAACUGACUCAGUAGAAAUAAAGAAGUUCAUACGAAAGGUAAACUAUGAAUUCCUUGGUUUUCAUUGCAACCAUAAGGUUAUGGACAAAGAUUGCGACAUGGUAUAUAAGAACAUCUCUGACAUAUAUAAAUCUAAAGAAUUUAAGACCUACGACAACUUUGUUUCGUUAGUUGCUGAAUGUGUAUGGCAGAUAAGAGAUAAAGAUAGAAGAGGUAAGGUAUGGAACAAACAAAUAAGACCCGCUAUGUUUGAGAUGAAGAGAGCAAUUGACGCUUUAGUUGUUUUAGCUGGUUUUAUUUCAAUGUAUAACGCAAAAAUGAACCCGCAAUGUUCAAAAUGUAAAGCAGCAAUGAGGAAAUAUAACUACUCCGUCAAAGAGAUAGAACGUAUGAGAAACGACUAUGCAGACUUAAAGAAAGAAGCAGAAAAACCAGCAGAAGAUAAAAUGGACAUGUUAGCAUUUCUGAACAAAAACUAUCCAACAGCAGAAGAUUUCCUUCUAUCUGACGUCAAGAAGAAAUAUAAAGAAACCUUCGGUAUCGUUAAAACAUUCGAUGUACUAAAAGAAGAAAUAGAAGCUACGAAACUGUUUAAAGUCUCACGAAUUCAUAACGUUUACCAUGUAAAACGCUUAUAA